GCCCGAGCGGCGGCUGCCGUAGUUGUCCUAGCGGGUGCUGGGGCGGCGGAGCGGCGGGAGAGGGAGAGCUGGCGGGGCGUAAGAUUGGGAGACCCCUGAAAGACCAGCGAGACUUCGGAGAGGCUCCCAGGGAGAGCUGGGACUGGGGGCGCGCGAGAAUUUCUUUGCACUCGAGGGGAGCGCGCGCGGGGUGGGUCCCAUGGCCGGGACUCGGAGCCGCGAUUCUUGGGGGGCCUCUGGGAUUUGCUGCCUUCUUGGCUUCCUGCUCGCCGGAUUGCUCUUCUCACGGGCUGUCGCCUUCAAUCUGGACGUGAUGGGCGCUUUACGUAAGGAGGGCGAGCCAGGCAGCCUCUUCGGCUUCUCUGUGGCCCUGCACCGGCAGUUGCAGCCCCGACCCCAGAGCUGGCUGCUGGUGGGUGCUCCCCAGGCACUGGCUCUUCCUGGGCAGCAGGCAAAUCGUACCGGAGGCCUCUUCGCUUGCCCCCUGAGCCUGGAGGAGACUGACUGCUACAGAGUGGACAUUGACCAGGGAGCUGAUGUGCAAAAGGAAAGCAAAGAGAACCAGUGGUUGGGAGUCAGUGUUCGGAGCCAGGGACCUGGGGGCAAGAUUGUUACCUGUGCACACCGAUAUGAGGCCAGGCAGCGGGUCGACCAGAUCCUGGAGACACGGGAUGUGAUUGGUCGCUGCUUUGUGCUGAGCCAAGACCUGGCCAUCCACGAUGAGUUGGAUGGUGGAGAAUGGAAGUUCUGUGAGGGGCGCCCCCAAGGCCACGAACAAUUUGGAUUCUGCCAGCAGGGCACAGCUGCCGCCUUCUCCCCUGACAACCAUUACCUCCUCUUUGGGGCCCCAGGAACCUAUAAUUGGAAGGGCACGGCCAGGGUGGAGCUCUGUGCGCAGGGCUCAGCGGACCUGGCACACCUGGACGACGGGCCCUACGAGGCGGGGGGUGAGAAGGAGCAGGACCCCCGUCUCAUCCCGGUCCCUGCCAACAGCUACUUUGGUAGGGACGCCUCCCCGGCCCAGAGCUACUCUAACCCUCUGCUCCUCUCUCUUGUCCUCCCUCUCCAUAUUCCCGUCCUUCCGUCUCUGUCGGUCUCUCACCCUCUCUCUCUCUGUCUUUGUGCCUCUGACUCUCACCUCUCUGGUCUUUUUAUCUCUGUCAUUUUCUUUCUCCACCUCUUCCUCUGCCACCUCCUUCUUCUGGCUUUUCUGUCUGGCUCUGUCUCCCUACUCUGUGGUCCCUCCUCUGGUUGUCCCUUCCCUGGUGUGUUGCCCCACCCCCCAUCCUGCACAGGGUUGCUUUUUGUGACCAACAUUGAUAGCUCAGACCCUGACCAGCUGGUGUAUAAAACUUUGGAUCCCGCUGACCGGCUCCCAGGACCAGCCAGAGACUUGGCCCUGAAUAGCUACUUAGGUUUCUCCAUCGACUCGGGGAAGGGUCUGGUGCGUGCAGAGGAGCUGAGCUUUGUGGCAGGGGCCCCCCGUGCCAACCACAAGGGUGCUGUGGUCAUCCUGCGCAAGGACAGUGCCAGUCGCCUGGUGCCCGAAGUUAUGCUGUCUGGGGAGCGCCUGACCUCUGGCUUUGGCUACUCGCUGGCCGUGGCUGAUCUCAACAAUGAUGGCUGGCCAGACCUGGUAGUGGGUGCCCCAUAUUUCUUUGAGCGCCAAGAAGAGCUGGGGGGUGCCGUGUAUGUGUACCUGAACCAGGGGGGUCACUGGGCUGGGAUCUCCCCUCUCCGGCUCUGCGGCUUGCCCGACUCCAUGUUCGGCAUCAGCCUGGCUGUCCUGGGGGACCUCAACCGAGAUGGCUUCCCAGAUAUCGCGGUGGGAGCUCCCUUUGAUGGGGAUGGGAAAGUCUUCAUCUACCACGGGAGCAGACUGGGGCUUGUCACCAAGCCUUCGCAGGUGCUGGAGGGCGAGGCCGUGGGUGUCCGGAGCUUUGGCUACUCCCUGUCGGGCGGCCUGGAUGUGGAUGGGAACCAUUAUCCCGACUUGCUUGUGGGCUCCCUGGCUGACACCGCCGUGCUCUUCAGGGCCAGACCUGUUCUCCAUGUCACCCAUGAGAUCUUUAUUGCUCCACGAGCCAUUGACCUAGAGCAGCCCAACUGUGCUGGUGGCCUCUCGGUCUGUGUCGACCUAAGGAUCUGUUUCACCUACGUUGCCAUCCCCAGCAGUUACAGCCCUAUUGUGGCCCUGGAUUAUGUGUUAGACGGGGACACAGACCGGAGGCUCCGGGGCCAGGUCCCCCGUGUGACCUUUCUGAGCCGUAGCCCAGAUGACCCCAAGCACCAGGCCUCAGGCACUGUGUGGCUGAAGCACCAGCAUGACCGAGUCUGUGGAGACACCAUGUUCCAGCUACAGGAGAACGUGAAAGACAAGCUUCGGGCCAUUGUGGUGACUUUGUCCUAUGGUCUCCAAAGCCCUCGGCUCCGGCGACAGGCUCCUGGCCAGGGGCUGCCCCCAGUGGCCCCCAUCCUCAAUGCCCACCAGCCCAGCACCCAGCGGACAGAGAUUCACUUCCUGAAGCAAGGCUGUGGUGAAGACAAGAUCUGCCAGAGCAAUCUGCAGCUGGUCCGUGCCCGCUUUUGUACCCGGGUCAGCGACACGGAGUUCCAGCCUCUGCCCAUGGAUGCGGAUGGGACGACAGCCCUGUUUGCACUGAGUGGGCAGCCAGUCCUUGCCCUGGAGCUGGAGGUCACCAACCUGCCCUCGGACCCAGCCCGGCCGCAGGCCGAUGGGGAUGAUGCCCACGAGGCCCAGCUCCUGGUCACCCUCCCGGCCUCACUGCGCUACUCAGGGGUCCGGGCCCUGGACCCUGUGGAGAAGCCGCUCUGCCUGUCCAACGAGAAUGCCUCCCAUGUUGAGUGUGAGCUGGGGAACCCCAUGAAGAGAGGUGCCCAGGUCACCUUCUACCUCAUCCUUAGCACCUCAGGGAUCACCAUUGAGACCACGGAGCUGGAGGUGGAGCUGCUGUUGGCCACGAUCAGCGAGCAGGAGCUGCACCCAAUCUCUGCUCGAGCGCGUGUCUUCAUUGAGCUGCCACUGUCCAUCGUGGGGGUGGCCACUCCCCAGCAACUCUUCUUCUCUGGCGUGGUGAGGGGCGAGGCAGCCAUGCGGUCUGAGCGGGAUGUGGGCAGCAAGGUCAAGUAUGAGGUCACGGUCUCCAACCAAGGCCAGUCGCUCAACACCCUGGGCUCUGCCUUCCUCAACAUCAUGUGGCCCCACGAGAUUGCCAACGGGAAGUGGCUGCUGUACCCCAUGCGAGUGGAGCUGGAGGGUGGGCAGGGGGCCGGGCAGAAAGGGCUGUGUUCCCCCAGGCCCAACAUCCUCCACCUGGAUGUGGACAGCAGGGACCGGCGGCGGCGGGAGCUGGAGCAGCCGGAGCAGCAGGAGUCUCGUGAGCAGCAGGAGCCCAGCACGUCCUGGUGGCCGGUGUCCUCUGCUGAGAAGAAGAAAAACAUUACCCUGGACUGUGCUCGGGGCACGGCCAACUGCGUGGUGUUCAGCUGCCCACUCUACAGCUUUGACCGUGUGGCUGUGCUGCAUGUCUGGGGCCGCCUCUGGAAUAGCACCUUUCUGGAGGAGUACUCAGCUGUGAAAUCCCUGGAAGUGAUCGUCCGAGCCAACAUCACGGUGAAGUCCUCCAUCAAGAACUUGCUGCUCAGAGAUGCCUCCACAGUGAUCCCAGUGAUGGUAUACUUGGACCCCAUGGCUGUGGUGGCAGAAGGAGUCCCCUGGUGGGUCAUCCUCCUGGCCGUGUUGGCCGGGCUGCUGGUGCUGGCACUGCUGGUGCUGCUCCUGUGGAAGAUGGGAUUCUUCAAGCGGGCAAAGUACCCCGAGGCCACUGUGCCCCAGUAUCACGCGGUGAAGAUUCCCCGGGAAGACCGACAGCAGUUCAAGGAGGAGAAGACGGGCACCAUCCUGAGGAACAACUGGGGCAGCCCCCGGCGGGAGAGCCCCGAUGCACACCCCAUCCUGGCUGCUGAUGGGCACACCGAGCUGGGCCCCGACGGGCAUCCUGUGCCAGGAACUGCCUAGCUUCCCUUGUCCCAGCCUGGCCUGUGGGUCUCCCCUCCACCCCUUUCCUGGGUGAAGCGGGUAGAGUGCGUUGCUGGUGUCACAUCAAGAUUUGGCAGGAUCUGCUUCCUCAGGGGCACAGCCCUCUGCCACCCGUGAGACUCCAGCCCCCCAACUUCCGCUUAGGAUGCUGUGAGAUGAGAGGGCGUAAAUCAGGGAUAGAUGGGGCCGUGGGGAGAGUGAGAAGGGCAGGGAUGGCCUGACACACAGGUGGGGAGAAGGGAUCCUAAUCCCCCCUGUCCCAUUCACCAUGUAUAACGGAACCCCAAGGACCUGUCUCCCGAAAGUGCCUUAGCCUAGAGGGUUGGGGAGGAGGUUGUGUCGCUGACUCAGGGGCUUCUCCCUCCCUAGUUUCCCCUCUCCUCUGACCUUAGUUUGCUGUAUCAGUCUAGUGGGUUUUGUCUAUUUAUUAAAAAAUAUUUGAGGACAAAA